GGUCAAGUUAGCUUGGUGCGGGUCGGAGCUUUAUUUAUGCGUGACCCUGCACUUUACGCGUGCGUGCCAAAAUCGCGUCUUCCAGUUGAACGAAGGUAACGCACACAACGACUGCGACACUUUACGGCAAAUUCACAUCAACGCAGUACGAUACGCCAUUCGAAGGAGGAUCUACAAUCUAUAGCCCGCCAGUAUGGACCCGGCCCUCAAGAGACAGCGUAUAUCGGCUCCAGCGGCGCAGGAGCGAUUUUGCGAAGAGAAAGCCAGAUUCUUCAGCUCCCUAAAACGCCCUCAAACCUUGGACAAUAGCGCAAGUCACAAAGAUUGUAAUGGCUUUACCAGGUUCUACGGAGCGGUUAAUGCGCGAGAGAAGGGGUUUACAAGUUAUGAGGAGGCCGAAAACUUUGAAGAAGCCGAGGUCGACGAUGAAGACAUGUACGAAGACAUGUCUGAAGAUGACGCCUACGAGGAGGAAGCACCAGAAGCGAACAUGGAAGCGGCGAGACAGAAGCUGGACAACAAGCUGAAGUCAACUUUUGAGGCUAUCUUCGAGAAGUACGGGAAAGAUUUUAGUGGGAUCGGAGACGAAAUCGAUUUACGAACAGGAGAGAUCAUAGUGGAUAAUGGGCAUCUCGCGGAGAUGCACAAUGAAACUGAUGCUGGGAAGGGAAGGGGUAGAGGGAUUCUGAGGGCAUUUACAGAGGAGCCUGAGCAGGCGGGAUUCUCGCGACAUGGCGGGGAAGAUAAUGUGGAAGAUUAUUAUGAUGUGGACGAGGCUAGCGACAGUAUGGACUACCAUGUCCGGGGAAGACAGAUGCUACGAGGCUCCACUCAAGAACCGGAUCUGGGACAGGAAAGUGGCACAGAGGAUGAAGAGGACUACAGUAGGGACACUGUCAGGCAGAACGCCGCUGCCGACGACGACAGUAGCGACGAUGAUAUACUGUAUCAGAACAGCGGCAUUAUCCCCGCCAAAUCUUUGGCAUUCCUUCCCAUGGCGCUGCCGGCGGAAUCAGCGCGUCGCAGUCCUGAGAAUGCCCCGAUUGUUCCGUCGCAUAAUUCAGCGCAUCCGGUUCGUCGCAGUCCUGAGAGCGCCUCGGUUGUUGUGUCGCAUAGUGACCCUCGCGAGAGUUUGGCAUCUGAGAAUGCAGACCAGAGUAUGAACGAUAAUGAGCUACUAGGAACCGAUGACAAUGAGCCCGAUAGCGACUGGGAACGAGAUGAUUCCGCAUCCGACUCUGCUCAGAACUUCAAGUUGAGAAAACGCACAGGAAAUAAAAAACAGAAAAGGAAGCCAUUGGGAAGGACAUCCCGGUUAGCUGCAAAACCUCGUCCUGGGAGGAAGACAUAUACAGAAGAAGAUAACCAAGCGCUGUUGGCAUGGGUCGAAUGGGUCCGCACUGAGACGAACUAUCCUUUGUGGUCUGCUCAGCAUUGGAAUAUGUUCAGUGAGAAGAAUGCUAGACACACUGGCCCUGCUUGGCAGCAACAUUACCGCAGAUCGUUGGAGACUAGUAGAGACCAGCAUCUGUUCCCUCGCAUCAUGAUGGCCGACAAAGCCAUACCCAAGAGUGUGAGGAAAUGGCCUAGAUCGUCGGGAGACGGGAAUUCAGUGGUCGAUGCGCUGGAGUUGGAUCAGGUUGCUAAUGACUACCCUGACGGACCGAGAACCAAAGGUUCGAUCGUUGGUGCGCCGGGACUGAAUCAACCUACCGAAGACGAACCUGUAGGCCAGCAAAUAUAUCCUCGGACGGAGAUGACGCACGAAGGUGCACCAGAACCUCCAAUUGUACAACCUCAGAUAUUAGCAGACGAAGGUUCUGCGGUAAGAAAACAGAGACGAGAUCAAGCUGUUAAUAACCGGCUUAGCGGUGAUAUCCAAACGCCCCAGGAGCUCCCCGGCACGGGAGAAUCUGCAAAGACAGGACAGUGGGAACAGUUUAAGCACACUAUCUGGCAGCUCUAUAUAGUGGAAGAUUAUACGCUGGAUAGUGUGAUAAAGAUCAUGACGGAUCAGUAUGCGUUCCAAGCACACAAAGCGCUAUAUAAGGUAUACCUGAGCAAGUGGGGAUUAAAAAAAAACCGGAUGUAUGGAGAACUGGGAAGUAUGAGCGUGGCUGGACUACAUCCAGACGCUAAGGGGCGGCCCGAUGAUGCCGCGCGAGACCCCCAAAAGCCUUCCAGAGGCCAACCAGGAUACAAGUGGUGGAAUGAGCCACAGUAUGAAGGACUCUCCCGUGUCGAAGCAGUGUACAAGAAGCGAAGAUUGGAACGGGCAGCUAAAAGAAAAGCACGGGUGGGAGCGCGGGGAAGCGUUAGUGUGACUGGGCAGGGUGAUGAGGAGCCGCCAUUGAAGCGAGCGGAGGAAGCAAAAAAACGGCGGGAGAUGUUGGAAAAGGGGGCUCCAUUGCCACCGUUAAGUCCCGACGCGAUCGCGCGGAGGGAUAGGGCGAACGAUCUGCGGAGAGCGAGACGUGCAGAGCAGAGGAGACUACGGAGGGAGACUCGGGCGAAGGGGAUUCAGUUUCCGACGCUGGAUCCUAUCGUACUGUACUAAGUUAUGUAGAGGAUGGGGGCGCCUCAAUCAUGCGCGCUGUAAUGCGACAAGAGUAGCUAUAAGUUGGCAGUAGCAGCAGACUUGGAGCGAAGGCGGGAGAAUGUACUUAAUCGUGACUCUAACCGGACAGCAUGGCUGGCAUCAUGAAGUCUAGGCUUUUCCAGCAGCCCGUUGGUAGGAUCGCGACUAGUGGGGUCUCCGUCGCUGCAGCCAGCCGCACCGCCUCCUUCUGCUGCGGUGUCCGGAAGUGUGCAUGGUCAUCCCGCAGAACCGCCCGUAGAGCUUUUAGAAGAGCCUGCUCGGAAGCCACUUCGGUGACAGCCUUGUUAAGAGGCAGUAUUUUAGGCCGCUUUUUAGGUGUCAGCCCUCCUACGUCCAGCACACACUUCCUUUUUAGGGAGGGCUGUGAUGAUGGUUGCUCUAUGAGCCCCAGCAACCUGUGCCACCGGUGACUGACCUUACCAAAUGUCUCUAGCGACUCAGCCGUCAAGCGCUUUAGCACAUCAAUGGUGACACCAUCAUAUGUUUAUGGCCGGUGUUCGGAGGAGUAGAUAGUUAAAAUAAAUUAAUCAUCAGCCCAUGAAUAUAAUAGCCCCUACCGCGCGAAUCAUCACAAUGGGGGUCUUGCCUCGAGUCUUGGUAGGGGCUUUUGGCGUAAAAUUUCGGUGUGAAGAGGAGAUAUUGAGGUUGCGAAGCGUAGUUGGACGAAUACGGGCCACAGCCAGACCAAAGUGAGGCUUUUGACGGAGCCUGCCAUUGGAAUACCGACCACUGCGAGAACGAUACACUCGACAGUCAUGAAGGAUAUGUGCGCCCUGGGGAUUCCUCACACGCUGUUCCAGGAGUCUCAAGAAAACCGAGAGCGCCAAAGAAAACGGGUAUUGAAGAGUUGAUAGGGACUCGGCCAAUUGUUGCGAUUGGGGAAACUCCGCCCUAUAACAUUUGGGCAGAUCUCCACAAUAGGAAGCCACAGCCAGAUCUAACGUACCCUCAGCUCAUCAACAUAUCCUCUACUGUUCGCGCGCAAGUGGCAUAUGGAACAGGCAUGAAACCUCGCGAGGACCAGCAAGGAAAUUCAGGAAAUUCCAAGAAAGGGAAGCCAGCCAAAACUCCACCACGACCAGUGGCAGAAGAGGAAGUUGAUGAUCUUGAACGGCCUGUUUUCAAGACUCGAGCGCGUGAAAUCCACGACAAAAUUAUAGCAUAUGAGAGUGUGAGUCAGAGGCUAAACGGAUGC